AUGGCUUACUCUGACGAUGAGGAAAUGUCUGACGAAGGAAAUCAGCGGCCGAUGGUCGUCUCAAUGAUACCAGACACGCUCAACAAUCAUCAGCUCCGGUGUUGCCUGAGGUGUCAUAUUAUCCUCUCGGUGUCCCAGUUCGUUCGCCAUGGCUGUCCCAACUGUCAAGAUAUCGAUAUGGAAGGAGAUAAGACUCUUGUGGAGGAUUACACCACCAAAAACUUCUCUGGAGGCGUGUCGGUGAUGAAUCCAUCACGGAGCUGGGUGGCUCGUCAGCUGAAAUUGAGCACCUUUUGCGCUGGUAUGUACGCAGUUGCCGCUCAGGGAGAUGGAGAGGCUCAAGGGCCUUAUGCAUGGUUUGACCGGUCGAUAAUUGACGGUAAAGCCGAGGCCUGGAGAGAACGGUGGCGUAUCGGAGGCGACUCUUUCGAGACUCCGCGACGUUCGCAGUCACCGUCGACCUCCUCAUCCUCGUCCGAUUCGUCCUGCUCUUCGAGUGACGUGGACGUGAGCGCCUUGGGAGCAGCGGCUGCUGCAGCUACCGGUGUUGGUUCUAACAAGGGCAGGAGUAUGAUCAGCUCCCGAGACAUUGAGGAUGGGCCUUCAGAGGAUGGAGUUGCCGAUCAGGAAUGGCCAGCGGAAGGGGAGUCUGUCGAGCUGUGUGGGCUGACUAGCUUCCCGUGGAUGAACGGCGAGUUCGGCACGGUCGUUGGUUACGAUAUGCAGCACAACAGGUACGCAAUAAAGCUGCAAGACGGUGCCAUCAAGUCAGUUCGUCUUUUCAACUUGCGGCAGCCGAAAAACAUGGACGUUGAGAACAACUCAGAGGAGGGCGCAGCGCAGCAGGAAGAGGAGGAUUUCUCGUGGAUGCAGAAUUAUGGGUUACAAACUAGUCCCCCAUCUCCACCCAGUGUGAACUAUGGUAUUGCCAACGGCCGUAGAGAUUCCGGUGGUGAUUCAUCUACACCGAGUACAGCAUCGAAAUUUGGCGACUUCGUGCGAGAUGAAAUGUCCGCCUUGGUUGAUCUGGCGAGUGAUAUUCGGAGUCGCGGGAUCUCCGGCGUGAUGAAAGACGCUGUUUCAGAUGUGAAGGAUAUUGUAUCCAGUCAGGUUGGCCCUAGGCUGCCCGCGGGAUUCCGAGCACACAGAGAGGAGGAAGAGCCGGUCAGUCGAAGUCGAUGGCAUCGUUAUUUAAGGUGGAGACAACCGGGUAUACUGACAUAUUUGAUCUUUUUGAUAUUGUCCCCCACGGUGCCCCGAAUCGUCGCCCAUAGCGUGACUGCCACAACAAUCGGUUACACUGAGGUGAAGGUCAUCAUAAGAAUAGCCCAUCAGAAUAUCUCUGGAGAAUAUCUCGUAAGAAUGUCUCACGAGAAUAUAUCCUUCGACGCUCGCCUAGUCACUCUCAAGUACUAG